AUGUCGUCUAGCAGUAAAAGAAAAUCUGAAGUCAAUUCCAAUGAGAAUUCUGGUAAAAAACCGAAAAAUCCUACCGCUAAUGCGUCAAAUUCGUCGGAAUCGAAUUCUGAACAGCAAUUACUAAUGUUACCUGAUGAUUUUGAAAAGCUUGACACAAAUGAGAAAUUUUACGCGGCUGAGGACAGAAUUUCAAUAGAAAUGGGACAUCAGAAUAUUGUUCAUGAAUUUCUUGAGGAUGCGGCAGUUAUUAAGCAGGCACUUCUCGACAUUAUCGAUGGAAAAAAACUCCAUAAAAAUCUUGUUCCAAGACUUGCGAAAAUGAGACGACUCUCACGAUUGAAUCAUUACGCGACUUCCAAUCUUAAAAAACAAACUGCAAAUCGUUUGGAUGAAGUUGAUGCGAAACUAUUACAAUUACAAAAUACAAAUAGCGAAGUUCAGCAUAUUCAAAAGGAAAUCGAACGAUGUUUAGGAUUUAGUGCCGGUGAUGAGGAACUGAAUUUGAUACCCGUGGAUGAGUUUUACGAGGUUGCUCCGGAAUCAAUCUCACAACCGGAAAUCACGCAAAAUGAUCCCCAUAAACAGUAUUUAGCUCGAUUAGAAUAUGAAGAAGAACAAAGGAAACAACUUCAAGCAACUCUACAGGAGCUUGAGGGUCGCCGUAAUGUGCUUGCAAGCGAUAUACGAGGAAAAGAGCAAAGACUGCAGAGUUUGAAGCCAAAUAUCAGCGCCAUGAUCAAAUCGGCAAUUCCCGCACAAGAUAUUCUUGGAGCGAAAUACUCCGACGUCGAGAAUUGUGCGGAACAGAAACUUCUCUCCUUCUCACUGGCCGUUCCAUUAUCAGUUUUAUACGUCCAAGCAAUGGCUUAUAAGGAAUUGAUGGAUGACAAACACAUUUCCGUGAAAAUCAACGGUACACUUGAAGGAUCGCAAAAGUUCUCGAAGAAGGAAGAAGCUGAAAUUGAUGUGAAGGAAAGCGAAAAUAGUAUUCAGAAGCGUGUCGAAGAAUCGUCGUCAAGAAUUUUUGAAACUCAUCCGUUGAAUAUUGAUAUCGGCGUUGAAUGCGUUGAACACGAUUUGACUAUUAUUGUUAAUUUCCAAUACAUUCCCGAGCUCAAAGUGGCAACAAUGAAAUGGUCAAUAGACGGAGGACAUGUGAUCUCAAAAGAGACUCUUCUUGUGGAUUUGUUUGAAAAUGAUAAUGGUGAAAAAUGUCCGAAUGCGAUUGGAAAUGUCAAAUUGGAGCAUUUAAAAAUCAAUUUUGAUUCAAUCGCAAAAACUGUUGGUCGGCCAUAUAAGGUUGUUCAAGCAUUAUGUGGAGACGUGCAAGAAGAUGGAGAAGCUGAUUUGACCGAAUUGAUGCGAAAAUUUAUAGAAGCAAUUAGACGGCGCGUAGAUAAUCGAAAAAUGCUGGAAAAAAUCAUAUCUGAUGCGGUGAAAACAAAUUCAAUAACCGGUGGAUUAAAUAUAAAGAUUUCCAGUUUCAAAAGUGUGGAAGAAGAAAAAUUUGCGACUUCAAUUCCAAAAUCAUUGAGCCAAUUAAUUUCGUCAUCAAAUCUAAGCGAUUUUAUGAGAUAUCGUGUGGAAAUGGACGACGAAACCAAAAAACAUCGAUUAACUGCAUGGAUUGCUAUUCCUUGUGAUUUCCCGCGACGAUCUCCGAUGUUUGGAUUGGCAAUGCAUUCGGAGAAAGAGGAAGACCAAUUCUUAAAAGACGCCGAAGAUCAAGUAAACGACAUUAAAUCAUUUGGAAUCGAGACAUUAUCCAAACAACUUUCAAAUAUUGCACAGAAUUUUGAUCUCAUCAUUUCAAGCACAACCGAAUGA